CGAGUGAGCAACGUCGACAAGGCCUACCUGCUUUCGUUCUCCUACUAGAACCAUGUCCUUCCUUCGUCUUGCCACGCGUAGUCUCCCCCGCUCUGGGGCCCUCUUUGCUCCCCGGACAGCGUCUGCCAUUCCUCAGUUCCGGGGCCGGGUUUUCCAAACCGCUCUCUUCUCUGCCCAGGCCGGUUUGUCCAAAGAAGUAAUUUCGGCGCGUGUCGUAGACGUGUUGAAGGGCUUUGAGAAGGUCGACCCCACGAAGCUCACCGAGACCUCAAGGUUUUCAGAAGACCUUGGAUUGGAUAGUCUGGACGCGGUGGAGGUCGUGAUGGCUGUGGAAGAGGAGUUUGCCAUUGAAAUUCCGGACGAGGAAGCGGACGAGAUCAAAACUGUGCAGCAAGCCAUCGACUAUAUUGCCAAGACACCAGAAGCGCACUAGGGCUGGUGCACAUGACAGAGUGUAGUCAUGUAAUUAGUGCCAAUCCUCGCUCGCACUUUGUCUGAUUGCAAUUGACCUUUCCCUCCGAGUCUGGACCCCUUUGCACCAUCCGAUCGAUAUGACGUUAGUUCCCGACAUACUGGCUGAGGUCGUCCCUGAAUGCAGUUAGAUAGUGAGACUCCCUCGUAGUCCAGCUGGCGCGGAUUCCGAGAUGAACGCAAGAUCACCUUGUGACUCUCGUCCCUUCGAAGCUAUGGAAGGGAGAACGUUUACGAAGGCCUGACCUACCUGUCCCCCUGAAUCCCUGGUAUGCCGCCU